CGCCUCGAACUCGAGCAGAACAAAACUCAAGAAGGUCAAAGUUCACGAAGAAGCGACCCUCGUGUGCUGCUGCGUGUGACGGCGGAGACACUAAACGACUCAGCGACACGCAGAACGAAGCGCAGGAGCCUCCGAGCAGAAGCAGGUCACGAUGUCCUACACCUGCAUCAGCUGCCGAGUGGCUUUUGCGGACGGCGAGGUGCAGCGGGCGCACUACAAAACGGACUGGCACCGCUACAACCUGAAGCGCAAGGUGGCCGACAUGCCGCCGGUCACCGCCGAAAACUUCCAGGAGCGCGUUGUGGCGCAGCGGACGGCCGCCGAGCAGCAGCUCAGCGACGCGGCGGCCUCGGAGGGCUGCGCCGUCUGCAACAAGAGGUUCUCCAGCGCCAACGCCCACCGGAACCACAUGCAGUCCCACAAGCACCAGCAGGCCGAGAAGCAGGCGCUGCUCGCCGCCGAGAGGAAGGUGGAGAAGAUGAACGAGAAGAACCUGGAGAAGGGCCUCGGCGACGAGAAGGCGGACCGCGACGCCAGGAACGAGGCCCUGCAGCAGGCCCUCAGGGAGCAGCAGAGGCCGAGGGCGACGAGGCCGAAGGCGGAGAAGCUGGACAAACCCCCCAGGCUGAUGUGGCUGGAGGAGCAGGCCAAGAGGCGGGAGAAGGAGGACGGCGCCACGGCGGUGGAAGAAGAGUGGGAGGACGUUGACGAGGAAGAAGAUGAUGAUGAUGAGAUGGCGGAGGAAGAGGAGGAGGAGGAGGAGGAGGAAGAGGAGACGAUGGAUGAGGAGGGAGCUGACUCGGCGGCUGCGUUGGACCCCAAACCCGCCGACCUGCCGGGUUCGAUCCCCGUCACCGACUGCCUGUUCUGCUCCCACCACUCCAAGUCCCUCGUGAAGAACAUCGACCACAUGACCAAAGUCCACAGCUUCUUCAUCCCCGACGUGGAGUUCCUGGUCGACCUCCGUGGCCUCGUCCGCUACCUCGGAGAGAAAGUGGGCGCUGGAAACGUGUGUUUGUGGUGCAACGAGAAGGGGAGGUCCUUCUACUCAGCAGAAGCAGUUCAGAGUCACAUGACGGACAAAAGCCACUGCAAGCUCUUCACAGACGGAGACUCGGCUCUGGAGUUCGCAGACUUCUACGACUUCAGGAGCAGCUACCCGGACAGGAAGGAGGGAGAAGAAGAAAUGGACCAGGCAGAGAUCUCUGAUGACAAGAACCUGGAGUACGAUGAUGAGAGGCUGGAGCUGACUCUCCCUUCAGGCGCUACGAUCGGCCACCGCUCCCUCAUGCGCUACUACAAGCAGCGCUUCGGGACCCAGCGGGUGGUGGUUCUGAUCCGCAACCGGAACGCCGUGGGCCGGGUCCUCCGGCAGUACCGCGCUCUGGGCUGGAGGGGAGACGGAGGCUCCUUCUACCAGAAACCCAAAGACAUGCAGUACGUCCAGAGGAUGAAGUCCAAGUGGAUGCUGAGGAUGGGCAUGAACAACAACACCACCCGGCAGGAGCACUUCAGGGCCCAGGUCAUCUUCUAAGCUGUGACCUGAUGGACCCGGUGGACCGAGGGGGGGGGGGUGACCUGGUGGAUUCAAGAAUCAAUUAACAUCUCUGCUUUUUCCCACCCAACGAGACUUUCGGUACAGAUUUGAUUACAGCUGAUUUGUGGCUUGAAGGCAAGAAGAAUAAUCAGACAGGUUUCUGUUUGAAGGAAGUGCAGCGAUGAUGAUGAUGAUGAUGAUGGGGGUGUAAACCCUGCUGGGGGCAAAGCGUAAAUGGGGUGAACCCGAUCUCAUGGCCCUCCUCGUAUGAAGAGCGGCUCCAUCUCCUCGGCGCCCCCCUGCACGUGUUGUUCUGUGAGACGGAUCAGGUGGAAUCUCUCACACAUUAUUUUUGAAACGUCCAAAGUUUUGGACAUAAUCCACUUUCUUCCUUUAAGCUGAUCUUUGAUUCCAUGUGCUUGUAAUACAUCAAAUAAAUGAAUGGCUCAUAUUUAUGGAA